UCCUUUUACAUUCCUUCUUAGGUCAAUCAAUAGUGCCAUUUAUUUAUCCCUACCUCUCUCUAUAAUAAAUAAGUUCACAUUUCACACUACUACUACUCUACUGGUAUAAGUAAAGUACUCCCCUGCAUCACUAGUUCCAACCGACAAAGACACAAACAAAAUGGCGGAAGAAGAAAUAGGGGAAGAGUACCUUUUCAAGAUUGUGGUGAUAGGCGACUCUGCUGUUGGCAAAUCGAACUUGCUGUCCCGUUUUGCCCGUGAUGAGUUUGACCAUAACUCUAAGGCUACCAUUGGAGUUGAGUUCCAAACCCAAGUUGUAGAAGUUGAUGGCAAGGAAAUUAAGGCCCAAGUUUGGGACACAGCUGGUCAAGAACGCUUUCGGGCAGUCACUUCUGCUUAUUAUAGAGGUGCUGUUGGGGCUCUCAUUGUUUAUGAUAUUAGCAGAAAGACCACUUUUGAGAAUAUCAAACGUUGGCUUGAUGAACUCAACACUCACUGUGAUACAACAGUUGCAAGGAUGCUUGUGGGAAACAAGUGUGAUCUGGAGAACAUCAGAGAUGUGAGUGUAGAGGAAGGAAAAAACCUUGCAGAAGAGGAAGGAUUAUUCUUUAUUGAAACAUCUGCACUGGACUCUACUAAUGUCAAUACAGCCUUUGAAAUUGUCAUCCGCGAGAUAUACAAAAAUUUGAGCCGGAAAGUUCUCAAUUCUGAUUCAUACAAGGCAGAAUUAUCAGUCAAUCGGGUUAGCCUUGCCAAUGGAACCGACAUGUCAAAGCAAAAGGCAUCGUGCUGUUCCAGAUAGUUUUGUUCCAUAAUUAUUAUGUUCAUCUUUAGUCUCUUUACCUUUUUAGACACUUACCCUGCCCUGAAUUUAACCUGGCAGUUUCUCAAGGGUGCAUGUCGUGUUACGUUUAGUUCAUUGCUGUGUUACUUGCAGUCUUGCAACGCAAUAGCCCCAACAGGGUAUAAUUGUAUCUUUACGAGGCAACAGAAUAAAUAUAUGAGAAAGGAUUGAGUUUUGACAAAA